CACCAUGCUGCGCUUCCUGUGGGACAGCGUCUCCCUGCAGAUGCUCUUCGUCUUCCUCUUUGUCUUCCUGCUCGUCGCUGACUACAUGAAGAGGAGAAAGCCGAAGGACUUCCCCCCCAGUCCUUUUGCCCUGCCAUUCCUGGGAAAUGUGCAAUUUUUGUUUGCCAGAGACCUCUUGGCUGCAACACAGAAGCUUACUGAAAAACUUGGGGAUAUCUACAGUUUGCAAGCAGGCAGCCAGUCAUUUGUGAUCGUAAAUGGACUUCCACUGAUCAAGGAAGCUCUUGUGACUCAGGGAGAGGACUUCAUGGAUCGCCCUGAAAUUCCUCUCGACACAGAUAUCUUCAGUAAAUUGGGGCUAAUCUCCUCCAAUGGGCACCUGUGGAAGCAGCAGAGAAGGUUCACCUUGACCACCCUCCGAAACUUUGGCCUGGGGAAGAGGAGCCUGGAGGAGCGGAUCCAGGAGGAGUGCCGAUUCCUCACGGAUGCGUUCAGGGAUGAGCAGGGAAAUCCUUUCAACCCCCACCUUAAAAUCAACAAUGCUGUUUCAAACAUCAUCUGCUCCGUCACCUUUGGCAAUCGGUUUGAAUACCAUGAUGAGACCUUCCAAAACUUGCUGCGGCUGAUGGAUCAGACUGUUACCCUCCAUGAGAGCAUAAUGAGCCAGCUGUACAAUGCUUUCCCCUCCGUAAUAAAGUACUUCCCUGGAUCCCACCAAACCAUAUUUAAAAACUGGAGGCUGAUGAAAGGCUUUGUGAAAGAGAAGAUCAGCAAACACAAGGAAGACCUGAACCCAUUAGAGAGCCGAGACUUCAUUGACAGCUACCUGCAGGAAAUGACCAAGCCCAGUGGCAGGGAAUUCCAUGAGGAUAACCUGGUAGCAUGCACUCUUGACCUACUGUUUGCUGGGACUGAGACCACUUCCACAACCAUCCGCUGGGCUCUGCUCUAUAUGGCCGUGUAUCCGGAAAUUCAAGCCCGUGUGCAAGCCGAGAUCGAUGCUGUCAUUGGGCAGUGCCGGCAGCCAGCCCUGGAGGACAGGAACAACAUGCCCUACACCAAUGCUGUCAUCCAUGAAGUGCAGAGGAAAAGCAACAUCAUCCCUUUCAACGUGCCUAGAGAAGCGGUGAAGGACACAGUCCUGGCUGGUUUCCGGGUGCCCAAGGGCACUAUUUUGAUCUCAAAUCUAACCUCUGUGAUGUUUGACCAGAAGGAAUGGGAAACCCCUCACAGUUUUAACCCCGGACAUUUCCUGAAGGACGGUCAAUUCUGGAAAAGGGAGGCGUUUAUGCCAUUUUCAAUAGGGAAGCGCGCCUGCCUGGGUGAGCUGCUGGCCCGCGCCGAGCUCUUCCUCUUCUUCACGGCUCUGCUCCAGAAAUUCACCUUCCAGGCUCCCCGGGACACCAUCCUCGACUUCAAAUUCACGAUGGGCAUCACCUUGGCCCCGCAGCCCUACAAGGUCUGUGCAGUGCCUCGGUAGGGAGUGUGGCCACCGUUUUUGAGAGGGGAACUUCUCAGCUUUCGAGCAGUUCCACAGACUGAACCCUGUCCGGCUGCUGUGGACUCAUCAGCAGUUUUAUUUCUUUCAAAGCAAUUACGAAAUCACUUCAUUUUAGAAGCAGAUCUUGCACACUGUAUUGGGUGAGAAAGACAAUUGGUAUUGGAUGGGCUGGGGUACGUCUGGGCUUGCAGCACAGCACUAUCAAUGAAUGAGGAACUCAGGACAUUAUUAAUUCUAUGCUGGAUGGCCAUACUUCAUAGCAGUAAGAAAAUCUGCACUGUUAGAGAUUGCCUUUCUUGGGCUGUAGCCCAGAUCUGUCAGAACACAGUAGCAGCCCUUGCAGUACAACAUUAAUACAUUAAUACCAGUAGCAAUGAGAAACAUUUUUUUAACUUUGAUCUCUGGAAAAUAAUUUGUAAGAAAUAAAAUACAAGCAUAACUUAUAUCUUCUCUCAUUCUACUACAUCAAUAAAUGAUUACUAAACAUCAAA